AUUACUUAUUCUACGAUGUUAUUAGCAAAUUUAUGGUAGGAACAAAAUAAUUUUGUCGUCCUCCUUUCAAAUAUCCUAAACACUAGCUCUCUCGUCAUGUUGAUAUUAAUAUGUUUGUGUCUCGGACGUUUGAAUAUACAAAGACAAGUAAAGAGGUCGAAGAUAUUAGAUAAUAAUAAUAGUAGGUGCAGCAUCAGGACCAGUGUCAGCACAAGUACUGCAGUUCUGGUCCUUCAUAUUCUUUCAUAGCUGGCAGUGUUUGCAGUAUUACUUUCCAGCACAGACCGAGAGGAUGCAGUUACCAUGACAACUGAGUGUGUGUGUGUGUGGGACCUGGUCUGCGAUUGGCUGCCGGGGGCGAGUGGGCGGGCAGGUUGAGCGUCUGAAAGCGUCACUCAGUCUCAGAUCAGAACAGAGAGACGCUGCUCUCCUCACUGCUCUCUCCAUCAUCCUCCCAUCUUCUUCUUCCUCCUCCUCCUCUUCCUCCUCUUCCUCCAUCCAGACCUACAUCUCUUACCUCUCUCUUCAUCUACUUUCCUCCUCUUCUUCCUCUCCUCUCUCUUCCUCUCUCUCUCUCUUCUCUCGUCCACCUUGUAGACACGGACUGACGAGUCCAACUCUUGGCCUUCAUCAUCACCACCACCAUCGUCAUCCUCAGAGGAACACGGACAGGCAGUCCUCUGACCCUCGCCCCGCCGGGUCACCAUGGCAACGGUCAUCUGCACUCGUUUCACCGAAGAGUAUCAGCUGUAUGAGGAGCUGGGCAAGGGAGCGUUUUCAGUGGUGCGGCGAUGUGUGAAGGUGCUGUCAGGUCAGGAGUACGCCGCCAAGAUCAUCAACACCAAGAAACUGUCUGCCAGAGAUCAUCAAAAGUUGGACCGUGAAGCUCGAAUCUGUCGUUUACUGAAACACCCCAACAUUGUUCGGCUUCAUGACAGCAUCUCAGAGGAGGCUCAUCAUUACCUCAUCUUUGACCUGGUUACAGGUGGCGAGCUGUUUGAAGACAUCGUAGCCAGAGAGUAUUACAGUGAAGCUGACGCCAGUCACUGCAUCCAGCAGAUUUUGGAGGCGGUGCUUCACUGUCACCAGAUGGGCGUCGUCCACCGGGACCUAAAGCCAGAGAACCUGCUGCUGGCCUCCAAGUCUAAAGGGGCGGCGGUAAAACUGGCCGACUUUGGCCUCGCCAUCGAGGUGGAGGGAGACCAGCAGGCCUGGUUUGGCUUCGCGGGGACUCCAGGUUAUCUGUCUCCUGAGGUUUUAAGGAAGGACCCGUAUGGCAAAGCAGUCGACCUCUGGGCCUGUGGUGUUAUUCUCUACAUCCUGUUGGUCGGUUAUCCUCCAUUCUGGGACGAAGAUCAACACCGGCUCUACCAGCAGAUCAAAGCUGGAGCGUAUGACUUUCCUUCCCCCGAGUGGGACACGGUGACUCCUGAAGCCAAAGAUCUCAUAAACAAGAUGUUGACCAUCAAUCCAGCCAAACGGAUCACAGCGGCCGAGGCACUCAAACAUCCGUGGAUCUCUCAUCGCUCCACAGUGGCGUCUUGUAUGCACAGACAGGAAACAGUCGAGUGUCUGAAGAAGUUCAACGCCAGGAGGAAACUCAAGGGAGCCAUUUUGACCACGAUGUUGGCCACCAGAAACUUCUCCGGAGGAAAGAGUGGCAGCAACAAGAAGAGCGAUGGAGUCAAGGAAUCAUCUGAGAGCACAAACACAACUAUUGAGGAUGAAGACACCAGAGUGAGGAAACAGGACAUCAUCAAAGUCACUGAGCAGCUCAUCGAGGCAAUCAGCAACGGAGAUUUUGAGAGCUACACUAAGAUGUGCGAUCCUGCCGUCACGGCGUUUGAACCGGAGGCGCUGGGGAAUCUGGUCGAAGGCCUCGAUUUUCAUCGUUUUUACUUUGAAAACUUGUGGUCUAAGAACAGUAAACCCGUCCACACCACCAUCUUGAACCCGCAUAUCCACCUGGUGGGUGACGAGGCCGCCUGCAUCGCGUACAUCAGAGUAACGCAGUACAUCGACACCAAUGGCACGCCUCGUACCGCCCAAUCAGAGGAGACCAGGGUGUGGCACCGCCGCGACGGGAAGUGGCAGAUCGUACACUUCCACCGCUCAGGCUCCGCCUCCACGCUCAGCAACUAACUACAGGAGUGGGCGGGUCUUAGGGGGGCCACGUCGCCUUGACAACACAUUGAUUGACAGCAGGCCAGGUGGAACUUUGUCUUAGAGGUUUGACAAAAGGCAAACGGAGGAGGAGGAGUAGGAGAUGAGGGGCGGAGCCACAGAGCCUUUUGAUCCAGCAGUGAAAUGCCCAAUCAAUCAGUCAAUCAAUCAAUGUGUGGAAAUCUCAAAUCUUCACCACAAUUCCUGCUGCGAUGACGCAUUGUUAGUUAAUCACUAAGUUGCUAGUUAGUUAACUGUUCAACAUCAUUAUUAUUUCUGUGUUUAUUUUUAAUUAACUACUUUUUUCUUAGUUAAAUACUAGUUACUUCUUAGUUGUUGUUAUUAAUUAACUAAUAGUUAUUUAUAACAUUCAUUCCUAUUUAUUUAUUAGUUAAUCAUUAGUCACUCAUUAGUUUAUUAGUUAAUUACUUCUUUAUGAGUUAAAUAUUAGUUACUUCUAGUUUGUAAUUAGGUAUUUAUUAGUCAGUUAUUAGUUUGUUAUAAAUUACUUAUUAGUUCAUUUCUAUUCAUUUAUUAGUUAGUUAUCAGUUACUUAUUUCUCAAAUCUUGUUUCUGUUUAGUCAAAAGUUAAUUGUUUAUAGUUGUUUUUAGUUAAAAGUUUAUUAGUAGUAAUUGAGGUGAGUUAACGGGUAAAUCAAUUAGUUAAGGAACCAUUUAUUUUCAGUAUAAGUGGAAUAUUCACGGAUAACAGUUUAUUGUUAUUAUUUUUUUCUUUAACAUAGGUUUUAUUAAUUAAUUAAUGAUCAAUAAUCAAUGCGAAAAAGUCACAGCUGAGACAUCAGUGGUUGGAGAUGCGAGAUUUCCACCUGAAUUUAAAAUAUAUAUUAAUAAUAGUCAAUGAAAUCCAAUAACAAACAAACAAAAAAAAAAAUAUAUAUAUAUUAUAUUGAUAUUCAUUAUGCGCAGAGGCCAGAAGUUGCCAUGGUUACCACUUAUGACUGAGCCCCAUUAUCUCAUAAAAAAACGCGACAUGUUUACGAAUUUAAAGUCAAAUUCGAAACAACUCACAUCCAUUUUCUUUAAAUUUCAAGAUGAAAUUGUGUUUGUCGUUAGUUUAUGACCUAAGGACGUCGCUGGCUGAAACGUGAGGAGAAGCCAGAGCAGCUCAGGCACCGUACGAUUUAUUUUAGGUGAAAAAUAUGUCGCAAUCAUACGAGCAGCUGAAGACGCGACAGCACUCAUCUCUCUGCUUCCAUCAGGGCUGGAGAGCUCCAGACGCUUCCAUCGCUCUCCGCCCUGCGAUCUUCCAUGAACAGCCACACCUCCACGUAGAUCAGCCCCGCCCACCUGGCCCCACCCCCCCGCCAGGUGUCCUAACGAGGAUGACCGUGACCAGGUACCUUAACGAGAAUCUGCCGCAGAAGAAUACUUGAAUCUGUCGUUUUUUAGGGAGGAGGAGCCAAGAACAAAGGAAAGGAGAUAAGGAAACGUGCAAAAAAAAAAACACAUUAAAUUAUAUUGAAAUUCAUUUUAAUAAUUUUAGUGAUUGCGUGAAAAGAAUGUGACUUUAUGAACCAGCCCCAAACAGCCAAUCAGAUUUACGGACGCGAACACCUGUCGUCUGUUGCUGGGGAGAAAAGGUCUGUCCGUACGGUGUCCCAG